AAACGGUGUCCGGCCGAAACGAAAGAUCUCUGGCUAUAUGCGCCCAGCAAAACGAAAUUUUAAUUAGAAUAGAACAUUUCAUUUGAAUUUCAAUUGAUUGCAAUUAAUUUAACAUAACGAACCUCACGACUAGUUAGCUUAAUUCUCGACACAACUCUCACCCAUAACUAAGUGUAACACAAAGAGCUUCCUGUUCAACGAAUUUCGGUGAAGGAAAACGAAAGAAAACCACAAGAAACUCGACUUAUUCUGUGCGGCGCGGAAAAAUUAACGUAUUGACGUCAUUGCGAAAUUCGAGAAAUUACACUGCACGAAAGAACGCCACUAGUUCUAAACAAACAAUUGCCGCGGAAGCAGAAGUAAAUAAACUAUUACAAAAUACAGAAAACUUGUGGAGGGUGGAGUGAGUGUAGCUGGUAAACAAUAAAUUCGUUCGUGUUAAUUACGCCGCGGCAAAUGCCAAACUUUGGUCUACGUUUGCGCAAGGAUUUGAAUGUUAAUGAUAAACCCUGAAUGAGAUUCAGGCGAAUCUAUCAAUGACCAGGUGAAGUAAAUAUAGCAAAGACUUUCGGCAGGGUCGGACCACACACCGCAUAUGCAGCACUUAUAGAAAAACUAAUUUAAAAAAACAAACGACGGCUACAUUUUCUGUAUACGAAAGAUACAUUAAAAUGGCUGAAAAUCAAACAAAAACGACCUCUAGCAAAGGAUUCAAUGAGAAGAGAUUAACCGCACCACAGAUCCUGAGACCCCACAAUGCUGGGGCAGGGGGAGUGCGUAGUGGAACAGAGCCCCAAAGCAGGGCCCAAGCGAGCUUCCCGGAAGACUGGCAGACGCUGGUCGUCGGCAAAAAUAAAUUAAAGCGCAAGAAGAAGCUAAGUACAUCCCUGACAUCCGUUGGGGAUACAGUCAAUCAGGAGAAGCGCACCCGUAUCGAGGGUAUCCACUUGCAGUGUCGCGGCAAGUUGCGCGCCAAGGAUACACAUACUUUUGAGGCUGCAAAAGUACCAAAUGCAGCCAUCAAACCCGCCAAGACAGAGCGUCCACCGGUGAUCAUUGGAGGAGUAACCACAACCAAUGUGACAGCGGUACCGCCGCAGCGGAUAAAGCGCAAGCUGCAGGAGAAUCUGGAUACCAUACAAAAGUUAAAUGCACUCACGGAGCAGCUACGUUUGGAGGUGAACGAGCUAAAGUCCAGCCUGAUCACAGAACGAGGAGCAGUGCGUGCCCUACGGGCCCAAAACGAUGCCGAUAGCCGCAAAUGGAAGAACGAUGUUAAGAAACUUCAGCAUACGCUGGACGUAACAAAAAAGUGUAAUGGUUCAAAGAAACCCAACGAAUUGGCCAACGAGGCCAACAAUGCUAGCACCAGCACACACGUGACGACGGCCGAUGGCCUCAUCAACUAUGAAAUCCAAAGACUGACAAACGAAAUUGCCGUGCUAAAGGAAGCAAACAAAACCAAGGAGGAAAAGUCCCAGAUUAUUGGGCAGGCUGAUAGACUCAAGGCUGCCGAUAUGCGGCAAUUGAAGAAUGCAUAUGAAAACCGAUUGACUCAGAUACAAAAAUCAGCCAAAAUUGAAAUAACACGUUUGCUAGAGGAAAUCAAAACCAAAGAACGUAAUAUAGGACAACUGAAGAAGGAUUUGUUGACAUUGCAGGGCCCACCGGGCCCUAAGAAAAGGCCCUCGAAUGAAGCCAAAAUGUCAACGACGAUGAAACACAAAACGAACGAAACGAGCCAAAAGCCAAAGAAACCUACAACGAUCCCAACUACAACUUCAACAACUUCAACAAUAUCAAAAGCAAGAAAAGCUAAAAACGAACCAGAUACAAAUACUCGUACUACAGCACCAAAUCCCAUACACCAGGCUCAAGUUACACCUGAGAUAACACAACUCAAGAACAUUGAGCUAAUCAACAAUACGAAAAAUGCGCAUAAAUCAACGCUCGAGAUGCGCACAACACUGAAGAGCAGCAACAACCAGAAGGAGGAGCAGCAGCAGAUUGGAGCCACAACUUGGAUGACAACGCUGCUAAAUGGCCAUGCAACAGCCAGGACAAAGGACAACAACAACUCGGAUACGGACUCGGCACUCUCAUCGGCACCGCCUUCGAUUAGUCCACAGCCGCCUUCAAGUGGCUCCGACAGCGGUGUCAUCUGGCAGACUCUGCAGGAUCUGGACAAACUGCAGAAGGAAGCGGAAAUGUAUCACAAGGAGAACGAACGUCUGCAAGCCGAAGUGCAGCUGAUGAAACAGGAGCUGGAGAGCGCCGAAAAGGCAGCCAUCAGCCACACGCAUAUCAAUGAGCUGAUGCACCGCAUCAAGGAGCUCGAAGAGCAGCAAAUGCACAUCAGCGACGAGUCCAACGAGCUGCGCGAACAGAAUGAACUUCUCGAGUUUCGCAUACUCGAACUAGAGGAUGAUAGCGAUAAGAUGGACAGCACCUGCGAGGGUCACUGUCAGCGGUUGCAGAAUCUGCUGGAGGAGUCCGCACAGCACUUGGAGGAUCGGGACAAACGCUGCCUGCAACAGUUGCUGCAAUGCGUCCAGCAAUUGGAUUUGGAUGCCAUGAUGCCAUCGGGCGAACAGACGAAAGCAGAUCAGCGUCUGCGGCAUACACAGAGCCACAAUCGCAUUGUGGCCACCGUUCAGCCGUACAGCAACUGUUGUGCCCCGCCCAGUGCCCCACCAACGCCCAGCAAGCGAUCAUCGAGUGCCGCAGCCGCAGCGGCCUGGCAGAGCAGCAGCCUCAGCGAAAGUGGCGUCUUUGUAGAGUGCGAUCUGUCCACAUCCUCCACUGUCUACCAGCACCCGCAUUUGCAGUACUACCAGGAGCGCCUGGACCAACUGGAGCGCAAGAUUCUGGUCUACGAGAGUGCCGGGGAGACGCAGGCGCAGCAUCUGUCCCAGCGACUGCAGCGAGAGGUGCUGCUGGAGAAGGAGGCACGAGAGCUGAGCGAUCGCGUGCGACAGCUGAUCGAGGAGAACGCCCUGUUGGAGGAGGCCAAGUGCGAGUUCGAGGAGGCGGAGAACGACACGCGGUUGCACUUGCAGCGCAACGAGGUGGAGCUGGAGAUCACGCGGCAGCGGAACGUCGAGCUAGAGUUCAGCAAGGACGCAUUGAGUGCCAAGUACAAGGACUGCAGGGCCGAGUGCCUGAUUCUGAGAGAGGAUUUGGCUGCCGCCGAGACGCAGUUGGAGCAUCUGCACGAGGAGCGUCAGCGAACGAAGCGACAGUUGGAGGCGCUGCGGAGAUCUCUGCCACUUCUAUUGAUCUGUCGCCUGCUGGCUUUGGCCAAAAUGGGCAACGACAUGUCCACCAACGAUAGUUCCCGCCUCUACUCCGGACAGUGUGAUGGCACCGAGGACACAAUCAGCCAAGGAGAGAGUCCACGCCACAGUUGUGACGCUCGGGAGGUCAUCUUUCUGCGGGAAGAGGUCAAGGUGCUGCGCAGCCAGCUAAAGGACCUCAAUUCGCGCCACUACGAGGCCAUGGAGUCGGCCGACUCGCACUGGGCCGAACAGGAGCAGGAGUACAAGGAGCGCGAGGAGGCGUAUCUGGCCAAAGAGGUGUCCCUCAAGCAGAAGAUUGGCCAGCUGCAGGAUUGCCUGCGCGAGGACUCGCGUGCGGCUGCGGAGAAGAUUCAGCAGCUGGAGGAGACCGAAAUGGGACUGAAGACCUGCCUGAUGCGGCUGACCAAAGAGCAUCGCGAUCUCCUCGAGGAUAAUCGCGUGCUGCGCACCCAAGUGGAGAGCCACAAGGCCCAGGAGCAACUGGAGGCGGAGCAGCAAAUGGCCGUGGCGCUGGAGAGCGAGAAGCGACGCUGCCAGGCGCUGAUCGAUGACCUCAGUUUCGCCCAGAAGCUGCAGGCGAGCACCGAGGAGGCGCUCAAGCAGGAGGCCGAGGGAUUGCGCAGCCAAAUGUACGAUCUCCGCAAGAGCUUCAUGCACAUCGAAGUCACCAAUGGGGAGCUGAAGGAGGAGGUCGGCACGCUGGAGAACAAGAUCCGGCAGAUGGAGUCGCAAUUGAAGGAGUCCGAAGAGCGCGCCCGCUGCCUGGAGGAUGAGCUGCGCACCAAGGAUGAGCUGUGCCAGCGCAUGGAGCGCGAAAUUGGAGUCAUCCCGGAGGGCUUUAGCCUCGCCCACGAGCUCUACGACAGUCCGGCCAAGCGGGUCAAACGAGAGGAGAUCAAGGACUUGCAGUCUGCCAGCCUGGGACUGGGCUGUGCCCUACGCGAGCAACGGAACAGCGACACAGAUUUCAGUUCAAACAGGGAGUUCCAGGUGCUGGCAUGCAACGUAAAGCAGCUGGCGGACCACAUACUCGCUUCCAAGAAUCCGUCCGAGGUGAGUACCAUGUACCAGUCCUGCCACUCUGAUGAGUCGCUCUAUGCACGUGGAGUUGAUGAAGUAGCAGGAGAAGGAAAAGAAGGAGAUGUGCGUGGUGAGGGUGGAGCUGUUGUUCAAGUGUUGCCGAAACCACAACGCAGGUCUUCCAAAGUUCAGGCAGCACUACGCAGAUAUCGACGUUUGCAUGCUGUCAAUUCGAGUGAGAGCAAGAAUGAGGAGAAGAACAUCAGCGAGCUUCCUGCUUCCAUGGACGUUCAAAGCGAGCCUCCUGUGUGCGUGGAGUCUCUCAGCGAGCUUCCUGCUUCCAUCGAAGUUGCCAGCGAGCUUCCUGCUUCCAUGGAAGCUAUCAGCGAGCUUCCAGCUUCCAUGGAAGCUCCCAGCGAGCCUCCUGUGUCCAUGGAGACUCUCAACGAGGUUCCUGCUUCUAUGCAAACUCUCACAGAGGAUUCUUUCUUCGACGCCGAUGAGGACACGAGUGUACUCCAUCCAGAGAUGGAGCCGAACGAGAAACUCCAUUCAAUGCGACGCAAGCGGAAGAGCCUCAAACGAUACAUCUGUAGCCGCAUCUAUCGCGGACUAGUGCGCCGCCGUGCCCUGCAGCGGAGUCUCUCCAGCAACAGUUUCCACUCGAUGUCCUCCAUUUACACCCUCCAUUCGGACACAUCGUUCCUGUCCCUGCGUUCACAGCAUGCGAGUUGUGUGGAAUUGCCACUUGCUAAAGCGUGCUGCGUGUCCAUUGUCCAAACGGAGUCGAUGGCCACUUGCGCUCAGGAGGUGCAGGCCGCCCCCGAGACCUCGGAGUGUGACAUUCAAUGUGAUCUUGUGGAUGUGGAGCAGCGUCUGCUGCUGUUGCCGGAUCGAACACGCAGAUUUGUGGAGCUGCUGCAGUCGGAGGUGCAGGAUGUGCAAGGGUUCAGGGCCCGCCUGCUGCAAGAGUGGGAGAGCAGCGAGUCCUUUCGCGAAAACAUUGAACGGGUGCAGGAUCUGUACUGGACGCGGGAGCCCGAGCCCUUGGAAAGCAUGAAGGUGUUUGUCAGUGCGAAGGGAGGUGUGCGUGACUUGGCUACGAUCCUCCAGCCAAAGACUUCAUUUACGCUAAACAAAAUCGAGCAGCGGAUCAACGAACGUUUGGUGAUGUUCCACUGCAAAAAGGAACUUAGGUGGAGCAGGCAGAAAAGGGCAGAAAAGAUGGAAGCUCUAGCAAAUGCUGAAGGUCAGCAAAGUACGGAACAGGCCGAGGAAGAUCAGGAAAUGGAGGAACAGUCUGAGGAAAAUCAGGAAAGGGCGGAACAGGCUGAACAUCAGGACAAUGCAGCAAAGAAAACGAAACCCUUAACACAUAUUGACCGACCAAAUAAUUUAUUCGAGUUAAUGGGUGUUGGCUUGAGAUGUUGAUACAAAGACAUUCAAUAUAAAAAUCGAAAUUAAA